UUUCUGAAGAACAACACCAAAGCAAAGCGUUGAAGAGAGAAGUAAAAAACAAAGAUAAACCCCAAAAGUAUCAAUUAAUUUCCAUUUUCGCCGCUAAGAUUUUGUUUUCGAACAUUUACACCCUCAAGAGUCACCGACAUGUGUGGAGGAGCUAUAAUCUCCGAUUUCAUUCCACCGCCGAGGUCUCGCCGUGUUACCAGCGAGUUUAUUUGGCCGGAUCUGAAGAAGAAUGUGAAAGGAUCGAAGAAAAGCUCGAAGAAUCGUUCUAAUUUCUUUGAUUUUGACGCUGAGUUCGAGGCUGAUUUCCAGGGUUUCAAAGAUGAUUCUUCUGUUGAUUGCGAUGAUGAUUUCGAUGUCGGUGAUGUUUUCGCCGAUGUGAAACCAUUCGUUUUCACUUCGACUCCGAAACCCGCCGCUACUACCGCCGCCGAAGCUUUUGGUAAGAAAGUUCAUGGGGAAGCUGAGAAAUCUGGAAAGAGGAAGAGGAAGAAUCAGUACCGAGGGAUUAGGCAACGUCCUUGGGGCAAAUGGGCUGCUGAGAUACGUGAUCCAAAAGAAGGUGCUAGAAUCUGGCUUGGAACUUUCAAGACAGCUGAGGAAGCUGCUAGAGCUUACGAUGCUGCAGCAAGGAGGAUCCGUGGAUCUAAAGCUAAGGUGAAUUUCCCUGAGGAAAACACCAAGGCUAAUUCUCAGAAACGCUCUGUGAAGGCUAAUCUUCAGAAACCAGUGGCUAAACCCAACCCAAACCCAAGUCCAGCUUUGGUUCAGAAUCUGAACAACUCCUUUGACAAUAUGUGUUUCAUGGAGGAGGAGAAACACCAAGUGAACAACAACAAUCAGUUUGGGUUGACAAACUCCGUUGAUGCUGGAUGUAACGGGUAUCAGUAUUUCAGCUCAGACCAGGGUAGUAAUUCGUUUGAUUGUUCUGAGUUUGGUUGGAGCGAUCAAGCUCCAAUAACUCCUGACAUCUCUUCUGCGCUAUUCUUUGAGGAAGCCAAUCCAGCUAAGAAGCUCAAGUCUUUGGAUUUCGAGACACCUUACAACAACACUGAAUGGGACGCUUCGCUGGAUUUCCUCAACGAAGAUGCUGUAACGACUCAGGACAAUUGUGCAAACCCUAUGGACCUAUGGAGCAUUGAUGAGAUUCAUUCCAUGAUUGGAGGAGAGUUGCUGUCUGAAAGCUUGUUUGCAUUGCAAGAAGCAAUAAGCCUCUAUCUUGAGGCCAAAUUUUCUCACGACGGUGACAAUAAUGUGACGGCCUUGUUCCUCUUCGGAGACUCUUUCUUGGAUGCUGGAAACAAUAAUUACAUAAAUACCACAACACUUGACCAAGCCAAUUUUCCACCUUACGGUCAAACAUUCUUUGGCCUCCCCACCGGAAGAUUCUCCGACGGUCGUCUCAUCUCCGAUUUCAUUGCGGAAUAUGCGAAUUUGCCGUUAAUUCCGCCGUUUUUGGAACCGGGAAAUAGUCAAAAGAAGCUUUACGGCGUCAACUUUGCGUCUGCUGGUGCUGGUGCUCUUGUGGAAACGUUCCAAGGUUCGGUUAUAAAUUUGAGAACACAAUUGGAUCACUACAAGAAAGUGGAGAGAUUGUGGAGGACAAAAUUUGGUAAAGAAGAAAGCAAGAAGAGAAUCUCAAGAGCUGUCUAUUUGAUAAGCAUUGGGAGCAAUGACUACUCAAGCCUUUUCUUGACCAAUCAAUCUCUUUCCAUUUCAAUGUCUCAACAUGUUGACAUUGUCAUUGGUAACCUGACUACAUUCAUUCAUGAAAUAUACAAGAUUGGAGGACGUAAAUUCGGGUUCUUGAAUGUGCCGGAUUUGGGUUGUUUUCCGGCUUUACGAAUACUACAACUGAAGAAUGAUUCUUGCUUAAGAGAUGCUUCAAGAUUAGCAAACAUGCAUAACAUAGCUCUGGCAAAUCUCUUGUUUAAAAUGCAAAGACAAGUCAAGGGCUUCAAGUUCUCCCUCUUUGACAUGAACAAAAGCCUCAGAGUCAGAAUGCAACAUCCUUCUAAAUUUGGUAAGUCGACUCUUUGUGGAUUUUCUUGGGCUAUUCCACCACUUAUUCAUUAAGGGGCCCAUUAAAAUAUAUGUUCAUAACCCAAUACCAUUUUUGUGAUAAAUAAAAGGGUUUAAAGAAGGGGAAGAAGCAUGUUGUGGAACAGGGAAGUGGAGAGGAGUAUUCAGCUGUGGAGGGAAGAGAAUUGUGAAAGAAUAUAAGUUGUGUGAGAAU